UCCUACCAAUUCAGUUCCCUUCUAAUUACCUGAAAUAUGAGUUGUGAUCCAAACGGUAAUUGCCCUUUUAUGUGUUCCUCACCUCCUGGCAAUCAUGCGCCACCUUAUCUCCCGGCGCACGUUAGCCGCCCACCCUACCUAAGCGGUGGUGGCCUCCCCAUCGCUCAAGAUCUCAUAAUCAGCCGCACACCACUCCCACCACCACCCCUUUAACCCUACACCCGCAACCCAACAUGUCACCAUUCCCCACUUUUUCUUUCUCCGCCGCCACCACCACCCCCUCUUCCCAAAAUCCUCUCUUUCCUCUCACUAUCCUGCGCCGCCCUCCUUGUCAUUUACCCCUUUGCCCUAAUCCUCCGCCACCUCCGCCAUAAGAUCUGAAUCUCUGAGGAUAACGGUUUGUCUCCUCCGUCUUGUUUUUUCCAUGGCUUCUCCUCCUUCUUCUCCGGUUGAUUCCUCCACCACCACCCCACCUGCCGAUCCUCCCACCGCUGUGCCUCUCUCGGUUGCUGUUCCCCCUGCUCUGCCCUCUUCGCAGCCUUCGUCAUCCUCUCGCCGCCUUCCGCCGCCGUGCUGGUCUGCUGAGGAGACCGUCGCUCUCAUCGAAGCGUACCGUGACAAGUGGUAUUCUCUUGGCCGGGGUAAUCUCAAGGCCACGCAUUGGCAAGAUGUCGCCGAUGCUGUUACCUCCCGCUGCCCCGGGGCGUCGCCGCCCAAAACCGCCGUGCAGUGCCGUCACAAGAUGGAGAAGCUCCGGAAGCGGUACCGCACGGAGAUCCAACGCGCGCGUAACAUGCCUGUUGCGAGGUUCAAUUCCUCUUGGGUUCACUUCAAACGGAUGGAUUCCAUGGAGAAAGGUCCCUCCCCUGUCAAACCUGAGAACGAUUCCGAUGAUAGCCCCGAUGAGUUUGAUGGCGAUGAGGAUAAUGACUUGUACGAGGAAUUCAGAAGUGGCAGUGGGUCCAAUACGAGGAGCUUGAAUAAGUUGUACCGGAAUGGGAUGAGCGGCGGCGGCAGCACCGUCAAUGGCAGCGGAGGAUUUCGGAUUCGAAUUCCGGAUGGGGUAAGCAUUGCACAACCUGGGAAUUCCAAAUUGUAUGGGAAAAUUUCUGAUCAGAAGUACAACUAUAACAAUAACAACCCUGGUUCAAAAUCUGGGCAUGGCUUUAAUAAUCCCAAUUAUGAAACUAGGGUUUUGAAAGAGAGGAGUGGACUGGGGAAAAGAGAAAGAGAGAGGGAGAGAGAUCCUGUGAGUGAGAUGGUGUGUGCAAUUAAGGUUUUGGGAGAUGGGUUUGUGAAGAUGGAGCAGAUGAAGAUGGAGAUGGCGAGGGAGAUUGAGAGUAUGCGAAUGGAGAUGGAGAUGAAGCGUACGGAGAUGAUUCUGGAAUCGCAGCAGAGGAUUGUGGAGGCAUUUGCAAAAGCAGUUUCAGAGAAGAAGACAAAGAGAAUGCCUUCAUCACCUUCAGAAUCAUAGAGAGAUCAAUGGAUGGGUAACGUAUAGGGUUUUUUUUUGGACGUUGUAAAGUGAUGAUGGAGCAUUGCUAGAGAAGCCAAUGAGUUCACUUUAUCAUUAUCAUCUGUAUGUGAGUUCAGUUCAGCUCAGCUCAGCUGUGUUUCUUCUUUGUUUAUUAGAGUUAGGUCUUUGCUUUUCUGUCUCUUUUUUGGAUUUCAUUUGUCUUUUAUUCUUUCUUAGUAGGGAAAACUUGAUCAGUUUAAGAUUGAUGAUGGAUAAUAUGUGCUUAGUACUUAAAUCAAAUUAUUUAUAAAUAAACAUAUAUUACGAGAACUAA